CACCCCAAUACUCAAAACCUGUCUUUCCCUGCAUGAUAGAAAACACAUGGCCACAUGUAGACAACUCAACUUCUGUGCAUAUUUACUGGAAUCUGAAUCAGCUGUUAAUUGGUUAGAGUAAAAGUACAGGUGUUUGUACUAUACCUGCCAAGGCUAUUAGCAGUUGGGUUGAGAGGAGUGGGUGGAAUUUCAAUCAGGAAAAUGGCAGAGGGGAAAAGGUAUCAUCACAUGAUGGAAUAUGGCGAAGGCCCACUUUGGCAUUUGCUCGCCUGGCCCUGAAAGAUGUGUGGUAGGAAAAUGCCAUGGGGUGGGAGUUGUUUACAGUGAAGUCGUAGCCUGUAAAUCAUCUGUUUAUAGGGAAGUAAAACGAAAGUCCCGUGUAUGACAGAGCAGGAAUUACAAUUCUGCCGACCUUCACCAAACAGAGAGGCAACAGGGCGUGAGAGGAGAGUUAGAUUGGUGAAAUGGCAGCAAGCUAGGAAUAGAGAAAUCGGCACUUUUUUAUAUUCCAGAUCCGUUCGUCCAAUUCUUUGGCACUUUAACUACAAGUAAGCUAAUCCCUGGGCUUUCCCCCCCAGCCCUCUCAGGUAGAGGUGCCAUUAUAAAAGAGCAGGGGAGGUGUUCAUGGUGAGUUCUGGCACCUCUUUUUCUAGAAAAAUAGCACUGGGUAAUCCUAACAGCUGGGCAUGAGGUACAGAAGACCCUGAGAAAGUUUGGCAUAGAUCACUUGCAUACCUAUUGCACCUGUCUCAAACCUGAAAUCCUCGGCAUUGUGCCGCUGACUAAUAAAAAACAAUAAACAAAAUUGAAGUGAGAGAGGAAGACAGAAGAAGCUGAACAGGGCAGUCCACACUAGUGAAAUGAUUAAAGAUUAACCCCCCUUGCCUCCUGCCUCCACCCCUCUGGGUUGUAUAGGCCUUGAAGCUCAGCAGAUCCUUUCAGAGAAAUAUUUGAAAUAAAGGCCAACAGAUAGGGGACGCCGGCAAAAUCAGUUGGAGAGGUUGAGGGGCCAAUAACCUCUGGCUGCAGAAUCACUGCAAUCUGGCCUGUGUUUGCUGAUGAUAAUGCGCCUUUCCAAAGCCCUGAUAGACAUGGAGAUGGCAGAUUAUAGUGCGGCUUUAGACCCGGCAUACACGACUCUGGAGUUUGAGAACAUGCAAGUCUUGGCAAUAGGCAACGACACCUCCCCUUCUGAUGCAGCAAACCUCAAUGCGUCCAACAGCAUCGGGGCCAGUGCGUUGUGUGCCAUUUGCGGAGAUCGUGCAACAGGGAAACACUAUGGGGCCUCCAGCUGUGACGGCUGCAAAGGGUUUUUCAGGAGAAGCGUCAGAAAGAAUCACAUGUAUUCCUGCAGGUUUAACAGGCAGUGUGUUGUAGACAAGGACAAAAGAAACCAAUGUCGGUACUGCAGGCUAAAGAAAUGUUUUCGAGCAGGAAUGAAGAAAGAAGCUGUACAGAACGAACGCGACCGAAUCAGUACUCGGAGAUCCAGCUAUGAAGACAGCAGCUUGCCAUCCAUUAACGUUUUACUGCAAGCAGAAGUUCUCUCACAACAGAUAUCAUCGUCACCAAUUUCAGUGAUCAAUGGCGAUAUCAGAGGGAAGAAGAUCGCAAAUAUUGCAGACGUCUGCGAGUCCAUGAAGCAGCAGUUGCUAGUGCUAGUGGAGUGGGCCAAGUACAUCCCAGCCUUCUGUGAGCUUCCUCUGGAUGAUCAGGUGGCUUUGCUACGGGCCCAUGCAGGGGAGCACCUGCUACUGGGAGCUGCCAAGAGGUCGAUGGUGUUCAAAGACAUCUUACUCCUAGGAAAUGACCACAUAAUCCCCCGUAAUUGUCCGGAGUUGCUGGAGAUUAGCCGUGUGGCUGUACGCAUCCUGGAUGAGCUAGUCCUCACAUUCCAAGAGUUGCAGAUUGAUGAAAACGAAUACGCAUGUUUGAAAGCCAUCAUCUUCUUUGAUCCAGAUGCUAAAGGGCUGAGCGACCCCAUCAAGAUCAAGCGAAUGCGGUACCAAGUUCAGGUCAGCCUGGAGGACUACAUCAAUGACCGGCAGUAUGAUUCACGGGGACGCUUUGGGGAACUCCUCCUCCUCCUGCCCACCCUCCAGAGCAUCACUUGGCAGAUGAUUGAGCAGAUCCAGUUUGUUAAGCUCUUUGGCAUGGCCAAGAUCGACAACCUUCUGCAGGAGAUGCUGCUAGGAGGGUCAUCGAGUGACACUCCUCACGCUCAUCACCAUGCUCUUCACCCGCACCUUAUCCAGGAGAACCUGGGGACAAACGUCAUUGUGGCCAACACAAUGCCUGCUCAGAUGCACAAUGGGCAGCUGUCCACUCCCGAAACUCCCCAACCUUCUCCACCCGCUGGCUCAGGAGCUGAACAAUACAAACUGCUUCCUGGGGCCAUUGCAACUGUGGCCAAGCAGCCUAGUUCAAUCCCUCAACCUGCCAUCACGAAGCAAGAGGUCAUCUAGCAUCCAACCAAAUGAAUGUAUCAGAUGCCACAAAGACCACGAUGAGGGAGACAAACCCUUUCUCAUUCCCAUUUUGAUCACUCUGGAGGUUGAAUAUUCACAGAGGCAUCCCAGGACACAAAUGCAUCAAACUGUUAUUUGGAAAUUGGAUGGGGAGAAAGUCAUCUUCCCCCAAACUGACUCUGCCUGCGGCUGUGGAGAACAUCAUUGCAGAACGUAUGAACUAAGCUUGGUGGAAGGUCUUUAUCCUAUAGAGCCAAACCCCAAAUUUCAAGGUGACUAUUUCAAAAAUUGCACUGACAUGCUUUUUUUUCAUCACUGCCACUGAGUUACACAAUGUUAUUGUGUUUAUCAAAUCUUAACUUUUUUUUAUUUAAAAAAGGCAUCUGAAUGAAAUGAAAGGGAGGGGUGAACACCUUCACUGCAGGAUCUCUAAAUAGCUACAAGCCCUCUCGUGACAAUCCCAGGCAGGCAUGGUGGUCCACACUAAGGAAGAGGCAGAAAGUUUGACCCGGAUGUUGCAGAACUACAGCCUCUUUAUUGCCUUCUCCACAGUUCCACUGCCUUGGGGCAGUAGCAGAAGCAGGGGCCAGGACUAGAUGCUUCCAGUGAUCUUCAGAAACAAACAAAAUUCAGUGGCCAAAGUAGUUGGCGGUGCUUUUUCCACCUGAUGACUGGUGAUUUCUAUGAGGAAGUAGCAGCUUGUUUGAACAAAGCAUUGGCUUGCUGGAUCAGACCAAGAUCCAUCCAGUCCAGCAUUCUCUCCUUCAAACAGCCAGAUGCCUCUUGGGCUCACAAGUGGCUCAUGAAAGUGGAUGGUCUUCUCUUGGCUAUGCUCUUCUUUUCACGUGCAUUGUCUCUGGACAUGGAGGUCCCAUGUCUGAUAAAGUAGUCCUCCUUGGAUUUGUCUAGUCCUUGUUGAGACAAUAAGAUUUACCUUGCUGCAACAGAGCCAAGGGUCCCUUUAUUUGAGGGGAUGCCUGUACAGUGGUACCUCGACUUACGAACGACUCGACAACCGAAUUUUUCGACUUACGAAUGGGGCAAAUGGCCGCACGCUUACAAAUUUCUCAACAUCCGAACGGAAACCACGGCGGUUUUAGAUAGGGUUUUUUCAACUUACGAACUUUUAAAUGGGGUUGCUUCGACUUACGAAUUUUUCCGUUUCCAAUGCAUUCCUAUGGGAAAUCACGUUUCCAAUGGCGCUUUUCGACUUACGAAUUUUUCGACCUACGAAGGUGCCUUUGGAACGGAUUAAAUUUGUAAGUCGAGGCACCACUGUAUGUGGAAGUGAUACACAGAUGUCAGUUUCAAUGUCAUCCUUCAUUCAACAGAUAAUUCAGUUGCAUUAAUGAUGCCGGAUUCCUCUGCUUCAGUGAAUCUCCUAAGCAAGCGACCCACUGCCAGUCUCGUCCAUUUCUCGUCCCUAUUAAUAAUGAUCCCAGGUGCUACAUUGUUGGGAAUUAUGGAGAACAAAUGAGGCAAAGAUCUGAGGGAGACGCAGGUUCAAGGGUGGCACCAGCGAACCUUUCUCCUAGGCCUAGGGCACUGCCAAAGAGGUUGAUAAGCCAGGGCGGCAUGGGCCAAGGGCACUUUUUGCCAGAAUUCACGCUGACAGAACUGUGAUGCAAACCAUCUCCUCUAGAUGCAAAGUUUCCUACCUGAUCUUAAGCCCUUGCUGCCGUGCCCCUUGGGUAGUAUUCCCAGUUGUGAGUGGCAGCCAUCUUGAUGCACCCACUGUGUGUGGCAGCUCAUAGGAACGCAACACGGACUGCCGUAUACAGACCACCGGCCUCUCCAGCCUAGUAUUAUGCUGCAAGCCUGAUGCAGACAUCUUCCCCAAUACUACAGCUAGAGACCCUUUUAAGUAGAGAUGUUGGGAAUUGGACCUGAGACCCUCUGAAUGCAAGGCAUGUGCUCUGCUACUGAGUCAUCGAUCCUCCCCUAAACACAAGAAUUGGGGACCUCAUUCCAAUGAAUAUACAGCUGACAAUCUUUUAAAAAUGCCCUAGAUCCGAUGAUAUUUCAAAAGGAAACUAACUUACCUUCCCAUUUUAAUAGUAGUAGUAGUAAUAAAUUUAUAUUUAUACCCCGCCCUUCCCAGUUUAGAAACCAGGCUCAGGUUUCUGAUUAAAAACGACUUUAAAAACAGCUUAAAAACAGCAUAAAAUACAACAUCAAUGUAGCAUCGCCAGGGCUAAGUGGCCAAGUUAGUCCUGCUCAGGCCAGCAAGGAGACCAGGGAAGAGUUUUAAUGUGAGGACCCAGAAGGGUUUCUUCAUAAAAAAAGGGAAGGGGGAAAGGAACGGGGGAUCAGGCUAAAUUGAAAGCCAGAUGGAAUAACUCUGUCUUACAGGCCCUGCGGAAGGAGAUCAAGUCCCGCAGGGCCCUAGUCUCAUGGGACAGAGCAUUCCACCAGGUCGGUGCCAUCACUGAAAAGGCCCUGGCCCUUGUAGAGGAUAAUCUGGCUUCUUUAGGGCCUGGGACCCUUAAGCUGUUAUGAUUUGUGGACCUUAGGGUCCUCUGCGGGGCAUACCAGGAGAGGCAGUCCCGUAAGUACAAGGGUCCGAGGCCGCAUACCUCAGCAAACAUGAGGGCUCGGACUCAUUCUGUGUGAGGAUAAUUUUUAAAUUCAAUCUAAGCAGUUAGGCCAAAAGCAGGGGUCAGCAAACUUUUUCAGCAGGGGGCCGGCCCACUGUCCCUCAGACCUUGUGGGGGGCCGGACUAUAUUUUGAAAAAAUAAUAAUGAACGAAUUCCUAUGCCCCACAAAUAACCCAGAGAUGAAUUUUAAAUAAAAGGACACAUUCUACUCAUGUAAAAAUACCAGGCAGGCCCCACAAAUAACCCAGAGAUGAAUUUUAAAUAAAAGGACACAUUCUACUCAUGUAAAAAUACCAGGCAGGCCCCACAAAUAACCCAGAGAUGAAUUUUAAAUAAAAGGACACAUUCUACUCAUGUAAAAAUACCAGGCAGGCCCCACAAAUAACCCAGAGAUGCAUUUUAAAUAAAAGGACACAUUCUACUCAUGUAAAAAUACCAGGCAGGCCCCACAAAUAACCCAGAGAUGCAUUUUAAAUAAAAGGACACAUUCUACUCAUGUAAAAAUACCAGGCAGGCCCCACAAAUAACCCAGAGAUGCAUUUUAAAUAAAAGGACACAUUCUACUCAUGUAAAAAUACCAGGCAGGCCCCACAAAUAACCCAGAGAUGCAUUUUAAAUAAAAGGACACAUUCUACUCAUGUAAAAAUACCAGGCAGGCCCCACAAAUAACCCAGAGAUGCAUUUUAAAUAAAAGGACACAUUCUACUCAUGUAAAAAUACCAGGCAGGCCCCACAAAUAACCCAGAGAUGCAUUUUAAAUAAAAGGACACAUUCUACUCAUGUAAAAACAUGCUGAUUCCUGGACCGUCCGCGGGCCGGAUUUAGAAGGCGAUUGGGCCGCAUCCGGCCCCUGGGCCUUAGUUUGGGGACCCCCUGGGCCAAAGUCACGCCGACAUCACAUGUGAUAUAUGUUGCCUACUGUGUAAUUUUGUUGGCAUUUAAAACACAGCUGAGAAAUGCCAUUAUCUGCACACUGAAACACACCCCAGGGGCAUGUUUACACCAUCAGUUAUUCUCAGUUAAGAAGCCCUGAUUUUUCAUCAAACUGAUUUAUUUAGCACAUUCAAGGAGCAAGUAAGAAACUGACAGCUGAAAGAGAAUCAAAGGCUACUGAAAAGAUCAGGGGCUCGUGAUUUGCCUCUCUUUUAUCUCAGGAUAAGCAUAACAAUAGUUGAAUUCUUCUCUGAUGAGUAAAAUUUCCUGUUUCUUGGAGAUGGCAGGCAUCAUCCAUAAGACAAUUUCAGAGAUGCAAGAAUCCCUAUGAGGUGACCUUCCCCUGCCCAGUGUUUAUAUGGUAAACUAUAGGGUGAGAUUACAAAUGCUUUUAAAGGAAACUUAAGAAUUGCCAGCCUUUUGGUGCUAGUGAGCACACUGGGAAUUUCGAGAAAGCGCUGUGGGUGCCAGUUGCAAAAUCCACAAGGGUGUGAAAUGUAACAAAAGCUGCACCCACAGCUAAAAGAGCAGAAAAAGAGGCAGAGCCACAAAGUAAUGUGCUGUUGCCCCUGCUCCAGUCAAUGGAAAAAUGCACCUCUAUCUGCCAUUGCCACACUCACAAAGGGAAGUCCUCUGAAGUCUCUUAAAUUUCAAACAAAUGGGAGGGUGGGUGACUAGUCCCGGCAUCCAAUGAAAUGUGACCAUGUUUAAAGGUAUGUGUUCGAUGUAGGAGAGGCAGGAAGAGCAAACGGUCCUUUGUGUCCUGGAUUUUUGAGGGGAUAUUUACUGAGACCUUCCAUAAACACCAUAGGAAGUUCAGGUGGACACACUAGUUGCCUGCAGAUACCACACUGGUGGCUCGUGGUGGCUGUUCCAUUUCAGAAACGCUCUCGUGAAAUGGCCCAGGGUGGCUGCUGAAAAUAUUUAUUAAUUUUAUAGAAAUAUUUCACUCCAGGGAGUACCAAAGCAAUUGACAACCACAAAAAAAUAACAAAGCAAUAAAUAAUAAAAUAUAUCAGUCAAAUAAUAUCACAGAAUCAUAGAAUUGUAGAGUUGGAAGGUACCCCCUAGGGUCAUCUAGUCCAACCCCCUGCAAUGCAGGAAUCUCACCUAAAGCAUCCGUGACAGAUGGGCAUCCAACCUCUGCUUGAAAACCUCCAAGGAUGGAGAGUCCACAACUUCCCAAGGGACACUGUUCCGCAAUCGAACAGCUCUUACUGUCAGAAAGUUCUUCCUGAUGUUUAGUUGGAAUAUCCUUUCUUGUAACUUGAAGCCAUUGGUUUGAGUCCUACCCCCCAGAGCAGGAGAAAACAAGCUUGUUCCCUCUUCCAUGUGACAACUCUUAAGAUAUUUGAAGUUGGCUAUCAUAUCUCCUCUCAGUCUUCUCUUAUCCUAAACAUACCUAGCUCCUUCAAGCGCUCCUCAUAAGGCUUGGCUUCCAGACCCUUGACCAUCUUGGUUGCCCUCCUCUGCACAUGUUCCAGCUUGUCAACAUCCUUCUUAAAUUGUGCCCAGAAUUGGACACAGUAUUCCACGUGUGGUCUGACCAAGGCAGAAUAUUACUUCCCAUGAUCUGGACACUAUACUUCUGUUGAUGCAAAAUAGCAUUAGCUUUUUUUUGCUGCUGCAUCCCACUGUUGACUCAUGUUAAGCUUGUGGUCCACCAAGACCCCUAGAUCCUUUUCACAUGCAGGGCCGGCUCUAGGGGUAGUCUCGGUGGCGCGGGGUACCAGGGCGCUGGGUCGGCAGGAGGGCGCUGCGCGGCAAAGCCGCACGGAAGCCAUGCUGUGCGCUGCGCCCGCCCACCAGGGCGAAGGCACCGGAGCGAUCUCCGCGCCACGGCGCCCGACCGGCUUGAGACGGCCCUGUUCACAUGUACUGCUAGUAAGCCAGGUGUCCCCCAUCCUAUAUCUGGUUCUUCCUUGCCUAAGUGCAGAAUCUUACAUUGGUCCCUAUUGAAAUUCAUUUUGUUAGCUUGGGCCCAGUUCUCCAAUCUGUUAAGGUCAUUUUGAAUUAUGAUUCUGUAUUCUACAGUAUUAGCUACCCCUCUCAGUUCGGUGUCAUCUGUGAAUUUGACCAACAAGGUGCUAAAAUCUAAAUCUGGCAAUAAUGGUCUGGAAAUGCCGAAGCAAAACAAUGACUUUUCAGAAGCAUGCUGGAAGCAUCUGACACUUGGUACCUGCCUAAUCUCCAUGGUGAGGAAGGUGCCACCACAGAGAAGGCUCUUUUCCUUCCCAUUGUAUGUGGUAUGGAGUUCACCAGUUGAACUUCUGCCUGCCAUGCAGACAACAGAGCCUCCUCUAUUGAAUGCCUUAUUCUCAACAUCCAGGAUUAAGUUUCUUCCUUCAGCUGUUUUUCUGACUUCUGUUCCAUGUGGCUACAUAUCAGUGCCAGAGCCUCCGUUUUCUCCCCAUCUGUCAUAGUGCACCAGGGAGUAGACUGCACUCGGUGUCCUUGUCUGUCCUGAGUCCUCAGCUGCAAACUGUUCCAGCCAGAGAAAGUUAAUGGAAAUAGAAUAAUUAAAGUCUCGUUCUGCAACACCAGAUAUGAUGCCUCUCGUUGUUAGGAGCCAAGGCAGCUAGCAAGGAAGGGUGUCUGAAACUUAUUUGGCGUACGUGCAGACUAGAGUAAAGUUUAUCUUGGGAUAACCACCUCCAAACAUGUACACAGUGCUAUAUUUCUAGAAAAAGAGGUGCCGGAACUCACCUUGUUUUCUUAUAAUGGCAAUGGCGCCCACCUGAGAGGUGCCAGAGCUGAGUCCCUGCAAGUUCCAUCUGAGAAAAAGGCCUGAGUGUACAGAUCUACUGAAGUGUUGGAUUUGGGAAAGAAGUUGUAAACAAGAAUCUUUUUCCCAGAGUCCAAAUUCAAUCUUCAUUAUCCAGUGAUGUCCUGCCCUCUUCUGCUUCCUCUUGCUGAAACCCUAAUAGAUACUGACAUUGUCCCUUAAUUUUACAGAAGAAACAUCCAAUUUAAUUUGUCCAGAAUGCAGACGGACCAUAAUAAUAUUCAAAUGUGGGGGCUGAAGGUCUGUAGCUCAGUGGGAGAGCACAUUCGUACCUUCCCCAGGUAGACAUGGAAAUGAUAUAUAUCAGAAAGCUUGGAGAACAGCUGUCGGUCAGUGUACACAAUACUGAAGCAGAUUGAUCAGUGACCUGAACUCAAUAAAAGGUUACCUUCCUCUGUUCCCUUGAAAGGAUGAGCACAGCGCUCUCUGCUGAUCAUCUGCUUCAUUAUCACAUGUCAUGGCCGAGAAAAGAAAGACCAACUUUCCAAAAAGGGCACUGACUGGGGAAUAGGACUGUUUGUGAUAAAUACUCACUGGUGGCUUUCAGGUUUUCUGUCUUUUGUGGAACCCCUUCUGCUAAGGAACUCUGUGUACAUCUGCCACUGAAUCUCUGUGUAUUGCAGAGGAUUUGAAGAAUGAGGUAACGCCCUAGGGUGCAAGCCGAGAUCAAAUGGGUUACACACUAGCCCAAACUGUUGGGGCUUUAAAGCACUGUUUGAGGCUAUUUGAAAGCUCUUUUGCAAACAGCCUGUGCUGCUCUUUGAACCUCUGGUUUGCAGGCAACCAAACUGAGCAGGAUUUCAGUCUUGCUCAUCCCGGUGCUUUGGCUGCAUGCAUCCAGUUCCCAAAAAUCAACACCCCCUGCACCAUCUAGCUGAUUUCACCAGUGCUAUUUUUCUAGAAAAGUGGUGCUGGAACUCACCACAAACACCUCCUUUGUUCUCUUAUCAUGGCAAGGGAGCCCACCUGAGAGGUGCCGGAACUGAGUUCGGCUGAAAAAAGCCCUGGAUGUUACCCCUCAUCAGAGCGAUGCCAGCUGAUUGGCAGAUGGGUUAAAAAAAAAAAAAAAAGCCUCACAGACCAA